AUGAGAUCGGCUAUUGGACAGCGACCGCGUCGCAACAAGCCAGUCCAGUUCAACGAAGCGACCUGCGAGACCUUAUGUAGCGAAACCUGCGAUCCAUAUGCCGUCCCGAAGAUGACAUACCGGGGCUCCUUGCCUUCGGGGCAUGCCUUCAACGGCCAGCAGAACGCUCCCCAACCGUAUCACGACCCCUACGGCAACGGCAACGGGAAUGGCAGCGGCAAUGGCCAGGCCCCAAACUACCCGAAUGCUGCAUACGGCAGCCACGGCCAGGCGCAACCUGUCCAAAGGAAUUAUCAUCACUCGCCGGCACCCACGCCUGCUCCCAUCCUCCCAGCGCCUACGCCGAUGGGCAUGCAAGCCAACGGAUAUGGACAGUUUCCUGCGUAUGGCGGCACCUUUCCGCAGCAGCAACAGCAGCAGCAGCAGCAGCAACAGCAACCGCACUACCCCAAUCACCAUCAGACGCAGCAACCUUUUCUUCAUAACAACUCGAUGAACGUACAAUUCCCGCCUACUCACUCUCCGUUUCCUCAGCAUACCCACGUCUCCCGAUCACCCGCGCUCGCAACGGCGCCAACGCCGACGCCGACACCACCCGUAUACGCCGAGUACCAGCCGACGCCGCAGCCGCAACACCUACCGCAAUUCCAACCACAAUUUCAGCAACCGCCGCAGCCGCCCCCUCAAUCACAGCAGCAGCAGCAGCAGCAACAACAACAACAUAGUCCGCAGGUCUUUCCAGCAGUGCCCCAGUAUGCACAGUUCUCUCAGCCGACCGUAAGCCAACCUCAGGGUGUGCCGGUUCUGCACCACCAGGCCCUGCCGGAACCUUCUCAAGCCCAGCGAAGCCCUGAACCCAAUUUCGCCAACUCGCCCACUGUACAACCCGCAAGAUCUCCCAGCAUCGCCAGGAAGUCGCCUGCUAUAUCCUCGAUGAACUCUCCUGCGAUUUCCUCUCGGGGUUCCCCGGCCUUGUCGACGAAAGCGAGAUCGUACGACACGACCACGAUCCUUAUACAUGUGGCAGAAGAGUGUUUUGAGAAGGCACGCCGUGGGGUGCAGAGAGUCACGGCGUCGGGCUCGGACGAACAGGUGCGCGAGUACCAGAAGUUGAUUACGACCGGGCUGGCUUGUCUCGAGGCCGCCUUCCAAAGCAACCGACUUUCUCCGAGGCAGGAGGCAAAAGCGAGGCUCCGAUAUGCGUCCAUCUUGUGUGACGAGACAGAAAACCUUCAAGAGGCGGAAACGGCCUUGAGCAAGGGUAUCACCAUUUGCGACAAGCACAGAUACGCCGAUCUUAAGUACUGCAUGCAGUACCUUUUGUUGAAGGUCCUGUUCCAACGAAAUCAAAAGGCAGCCUUCAUCGCCAUUGACAAGAAUCUCUCGGAUUGCCUAACUUUCAAACACAUUCACUGGGUAUACGCCUUUCGUUUGUUAAAAGCCACAUUCCAUGUCCAUGCAGGUAGUCCGCCCGACGCCGCAGUACUGGACAACUUGCGUGCAAUUGCUACCCUCGCGGGCCAACGAGGCGACCACGCUAUGGUUGUGUUUGCUUCUCUUCUAGAAGGCUUAUCGGUUUUGAGAACUGUUCGUCCAGACACCGUUGAACGUGUGCAAACCUGUCUGGCGCAGGCUACCAAAUACCAGCUGGACCCGUCUGUCCAGAUACCACAGUUAGACGUUCUGACACUCCUGCUUGACCUUGCUUGUAGCAUGCAUCAGAAGACGCCGGACAUCCUGAUUCACAAACUCCGGUCACUACAAGCAAAGCUGGAUGCAAACUUGGGGUCCCAGACUUGGACCGACCUAAACCCGGAGAUCCUGAUCCCCAUCAAGAAGCACAAUGUUACCUCAGCAACUCUUAGCGACGACACCUCUGCGAUUCUCCGGGCCGGAGCCUCUGAUAGCCAGCAUGAUUACAUCGUGAUGACUUUUCUCAACAGACUUGAGAUCGUUGUCUUAACGUACACAUUUAGUGGUUUGGCUGGCAUGUACCGACCUGGAUCGGACCCAAAGAGAAGCCAUGAGUUCUGGAGAGAGGGCUUCGAUGUACUGGCAAAGUGGAAUAAGGAGAUUGCCCCCAGUGUCCCCGCGGCAUCGCUACGGGAGUCCAUGGAGCAGGCCAAGUGGAGAACCGAGAUUUUCUGCUACCUUCAGGCCUUGACGGGAUUGUAUUUUGCAACCCACAGCCAAUGGUCCAAGGUCGAGCAGUGCGUGGCACAGUUGCAGCAGGCGAUCACACCAACUGUGAAUGAGAUAUUCAACGUAUUCUCGCUCUACCUUUCCGGGGUGUACCAUCAAGGCACCGGCGAUCUCGAGACGGCGCUCCUCUUGUUCGAAGACGAGAGAUUGAGCAUCCACGCAGGCCGCGGAGGGCCAGGUGGCAGGAAACCUGCCAAGCUGGAGAUUUGCAUACUCGCCGCCUUGAACCGUAUCUGGAUUCUCCAGGACUCUUCAUAUCGCGAUGAGAUGACAUCCACCGACCUCUUGGAGCAGUUGCGGCCAAUGUGUACUGAACACCAAGAUCCGGACAUUCGAACGGCUUUCAACCUCGUUCAGGCGACGGCCAAUACAAUACCCCCUCCCUCGAUGCACCAAAUCAAAACGAGCAUAACGAACUCGUUGAACGGUUCAAAGGUGACAGGGAACACGCACUGUCUGGCGAUAGCUCUGAGCAUCAUGCGAUUCAGACUAUUUGACAAUGUGGUCGGCGAGCAGGCGCUCAAGAGUGCGAGGGCAGCAUCGACACAGGCGAAGCGUAGCGGAAACCUACUCUGGAUGAGUGUUGCGGACGGCAUGCUGGCUGACUCUUUUGAAGUCCAAGCACUAUUUGCGGACGCAGAGGCUGCACGUCAGACCGCGACAGAGUAUGCGUCCCAUGCAUUUACUGGAAAGGAGUAG